AUUAGCUAAAACUAGUUUGUAUCUGGUUUUACUUUUAUAAGUAUUGAGUAAAUAUUUUUUAAUUAAAACAAAAAUGCGAGACAAAGUACAUGAGAUGUGUCGUGCAUUUUUAGGUGGACAGUGGGAUCAUAUAUCCAGCGAUGAGAUAGUUAUUAAAAUACUCAGUGGUGGGUAUAGUAAUCAAUUGUAUUACUGUUCACUACCGGACAAAGUGCAGUCACUCAAUGGUGAGCCCCAGGAUGUUGUGUUGCGAUUCUAUGGUCAGCCCAAUAAUGAUGGGGACGACUAUAAAGUGACGGAUUCGCUGAUAACGAUGUUAUUGUCUGAACGCAGAUUAGGUCCCAAACUGUACGGUGUGUUCGCCGGCGGACGGCUCGAGGAGUAUAUUCCG